AUGGGUAAUUUAUUCAGGAAGCAACAGGAAGUUCUCACACCGGUAUCUAAGCAGGAUCAAGCCAUUUUGCAGUUAAAAGGUCAAAGAGACAAGAUGAAACAAUAUAUAAAGAAAAGUGAAAAACAAAUGGAACGCGAGAAAGAGCUGGCGAGGCAGUUGAUAAAAGCCAACAAAAAGGAUCGUGCCUUAUUAAUUUUAAAGAGGAAGCGAUAUCAAGAAUCAGUGAGUGAAAAAAUGUUGCAUCAGCUGGAUAAGAUUGAAAGAAUGGUGAAUGACUUGGAAUUUGCCGUCAUCGAGCAGAAAGUGGUGGAACAAUUGAAGAAUGGUAAUGAAGUUUUGAAACGAAUGAAUCAGAUGAUUUCAGUUGAUGAUAUCGAGCGAAUUAUGGAUGAGACAAAGGAGGCAGCUGAGUUUCAGGAAGAAAUAUCGACCAUGCUCUGUGGUAAACUUGGUGAAGAUGAUUUGGAAGAAGUAGAAAAGGAAUUUGCACAAUUAAUAGGAGAGGAAGGCGAGCUUAAUUUGCCGGAAGUCCCAUCGGUGCCGUUGCCUGUGAAGACACCUUUGAAAAUAAGAGCUACAAAUGAGGACUUAGUUAUCGUUGUGGGUGUUGCUAUAGCGUUGGCUGAGUUAGUUAUUCUCUUCUGUGUCAUUAAUAUUGCUUAUUAUUAUGUGCUUUCGCUGCAAUCAAAACUAAUUUUAGAAGAGAGACGUGAGAGAGUAGCAUUGGAAGCAUCGUAA